AUUCAUUGAGUGAGUUUCGGCUCUUUUGAAUUGCGUCUUCAGAACAAAUCAAUGUGUUAUGAACUAUGAAGAUGGCGGCAACGUCAAGUUUUGUCAAGUCCAUCAGCUGUUCAUCGGUCCUUUAUUUUUGUUUAACACCUUCGCGUACAAAGUGAUUUUUUUGAAACUGAGAGUUGAAAAAUCCGACCUAAACGAAGGCCUGAUGGCUUUCGAAGGAGCCGUCGGGCCGAACGAAACCUUUGUCGAGAAAAUUAACUAUGAAGAUAUAACUAUAUUGAAGCCGAUCGGCAAAGGCUCCUUCGGGGUCGUCUACAAGGCGGAGUGGAAAAAUAAAGAAGUCGCCGUCAAAUUGAUCGAAACCGAGGCGGAGAAGGCUUCCUUCAAAGUGGAACUCAAGCAGCUAUCCAGGGUGAGACAUCCCAAUAUUGUCAAGUUGUACGGCGCCUGCACAGAGAAACCAGUCGGACUCGUUAUGGAAUAUGCCGAAGGCGGAUCGUUGUACAAUUUUCUCCAUUCCCAACCGCUAAAAAGAUAUACAGCAGGCCAUGCAAUGAGUUGGGCAUUGCAAUGUGCUAAAGGAGUAGAAUACCUUCAUACAAUGAAUCCGCCGUUAAUCCAUAGGGAUCUUAAACCUCCAAAUUUGCUGCUCGUCAAAGGAGGGACAGUUCUUAAAAUUUGUGAUUUCGGCACUGCUUGUGAUAAGAAGACUUACAUGACCAAUAACAAAGGGAGCGCCACAUGGAUGGCACCAGAAGUUUUUGAAAGUUCUAAAUACACAGAAAAAUGUGAUGUUUAUAGUUGGGGUAUUAUAUUGUGGGAGGUGAUAACUAGGGAGAAAAAUCCUUAUAAAGGUAUACAGUCGACAGCUUACACAAUAAUGUGGGCCGUCCAUAAAGGUGUUCGGCCUCCUCUCAUCAUCAACUGUCCUCCUCCCAUUGAAAAAUUAAUAACUAAAUGUUGGGAUAAAGACUUAGAGGUAAGGCCGUCAAUAUCAGAAGUCGUUAGAAUUAUGGAAUUACUGCUUCCUUAUUUUUCUGGCUAUGAUGAGCCCAUCACAUCGGAAGAGGAGGAUUCAUCAAUAAAUGAGGGUAGUCAAGAACAAGAUUAUGACUACAGUAAUGAAUUUGACGAUGAUGAACUCCCUGAAGAAAUAAUUCCCGAUUCAUACAUCGAGCAGUUGAGAGAGAGUAAAAAACUGAAUUUAAACAUAUAUGAAAAAGUUCCAAAUUUAAUGUCCCAACUGAGCAUUCAAAUUGAUGAAGACGUGGGUUGGGAUGAUAAAAACGGGCUGGACUUAGCCUGUGCUUUACCCACUGGGGAUGAUAACAUAAGAGAGGGCCCAAGCCUGGAAGACAAAAAAGAAGGUGGUUCUGCCAAUUCGAAGGAACCAGGAUUACCACCUUCAGGGUUAUUUCAGAAUGAAGGCAGGAAGCCAAAUCACGACCUUGAUGUUUAUCAGACGAUGCUCGACCCACAGCUAAGGCCGAUACCUCCUGACCCAACUUCGGAGCGCUCUGUAGAGAUUUACAAGGAGCAUACACGAAGUGCACAAGAAUACUUCAAAGUGCAAACAGAGAUCGCACUUCUGGCCAAGUCCCUUGAUGAACUCAGUGAAAGACUUUCCGUGUCCACUGAGAAGGAACAGCAGGACAUUCAUCGUCUCGAAAAUGAAAAGGAAAACCUGAUCAAAUUGAAGGAGAGCUUGAAAGAACAGAUUAAAGCGCGACAACAACAAAUAUCAGAAAAUCAAUUAAUUCACACUCAUCCGACCUAGUUUAUAGUGCUUCCUCUUAUUAUAAUACUGUAAAUUAUUGUUGUAAAUAAUUCCAAUUAGUUUUUCGUGAUCACUAGUCCUUGAACAUUGUAAAAAUUAAUAAUUAUUUUUUAUAUAAGUGAGUACAUUUUAGGACGUAAUAUUUUGGAAUAAAUUUUUCUUUUCUUUUUUUUAUAUUGGUUUUAUAUGUCUUGAUUUUUUUAAUUGUUAUAAAUUGAAAUUUUGGUUAGUUAGGCCUACUGAUACCUGAUACUAAGUGAAGGUUUAAAAAAAAUAUAUAUGUACAAAGCAUUAAAUUAAUUGUUCUAUAAUCUUGAAAUUAAGCCUUGGUUGAGUAUUUGCAGAAAAAGAAAAUUAUAGUUGUGCUUUACUUCUCGAGUUUAUUUUAAUCUUAGAGAUCGGAGAUUAUUUUUGUAAGUUCUCAGUGUUAUGACGUGCACAAAAAUUUGGUUUAUACUGCUGCUUAGUUACAAAAAUGCAAUAAAAAUUACUAUUAAUGACGA